AAGCUUAUAACCUUAUUUCUUAGUUCCCAUAUCAUGUGCCACCGUGGACCUCGGAGAAGGAUUUCCUCUUAAUUAAACAUCCUAAACACCACCAAAAGAGACAUCCUUGACAACCCAAAACACAAUGAAUUGGUUUAAACAGACACUCGCAAAUGUCGUGGGAACUGAGGAACCAGAGUAUGGUUCUGCAGGUAUUCGCACGGUAACAGCUCAAGCUGAGAAAACUCCCUACACCGAGUUGACGAAGACCGAUUUGAAAUGGAAGGCUCAAGAGAGUACAAAUGUAGAGACUCAGACCUUCUAUAUGAUCUCAGAUGAGGGUAAAGUCGCAUCUGUUCAGAUGAUUUACAACAAUGUGGCCGGACUUCGAACAACUUGUCAACUGAACGUCAAAGUAUUCAACCACAAAGGUCCAAAACAAUCUGACCAUCUCUGGCUUUCAGAUGCACUCGAGAACUAUGGUUUUGACGAAGAAAUGGUUUCGUUCUACGCCGACGGUCUUUCCAUCGCUUUGAACGAAGCUGGUGACGAAUACACCAUUAAAGCAGCUCGUAAUGAGUCUGGACUUGUCAACCUUGUAUUCAAGCGCGCAGCCCCUGGCUUCCAGGUGGGAGAGAAUGGAACCACCUACUACGGUACUGAUCCCGCUGCACCAUGGGGAGAGAUGAGACAUCGAUUCUGGCCUCGUUGCACCGUCACCGGUACAAUCACCACACCCGAGAAGAACUACGACUUCAAAGGACGCGGAAUUUUCAUUCACGCCAUUCAAGGCAUGAAGCCUCACCAUGCUGCAGCAAAAUGGAAUUUUGUAACUUUCCAAACACCUACCUACUCCGCUAUCAUGAUGGAGUUCACAACUCCUGCUUCUUACGGCCACACCUCUGUGAAUGUUGGAGGUAUUGUAAAGGACGGCGAGAUCGUAUACGCCGGCGCUACCAACACUGUAAAGCAUACUGAGUCGAAGGAAGACCCAGAGACCAUGUGGCCCGAACCUAUCUCAGCUGAGUAUAAAUGGGAUGGCAAGAGCAAAUCUGGUGAAUUCUCUGCAGUUCUCAGUGGACCUCUCGGGGAAAGGACAGACAGAGUUGAUAUUCUAUCCCACAUUCCCAGCUUUAUCAAAUCGGUUGUUGGAGGAGUUGUGGGAACCAGACCUUUCUGUUACCAGUGGGCUAUCCCUCCAACUGACUCCCUCGUCCUUAAGAUUAAGGAUGGCGAGACAGCUGUGGAGGAGCAAGGUACACUCUUUGGUGAAUCAACCUUCAUCUUGUAGAAGGAAUACGAAGUAUUCAGAUUCCAGAGAUUACGAAUGGGGGCCUCAUGAUAAUAUAGAAGUUGGCCAAUGCCCAAAUUUAUAGUUUUGAAUAUUGCGCAUCAACAUAACAAUCGUUUACCUACUCCCGCUUUCGCACGAGGAGCCGCGAAGAAGGGCUUCUUAUGGGUUCUUCUCUUACUUCCUUUCUCUACGGCUCGUUUCUACUGAUUGAGAAUGGUUUUAAUUGGAUGAUUUUUUGAAAGGGGUAUGAAUGAUAUUGUAGGGCUGUUAUGAUUCGUUUUAGCUUAGAAUAUCAUUACAGUCUCUUUGUACCUACUCUCAUCUCAUGAUGUGAUCUGAUAGCACGACUCGCCUGCCGGGACAUGGUAUGGUAUUACAAGCAACUAUAUGUGGAUGAAAAAAGUGAGUGCAGGUUAUGAGCUUGAACUUAAAGUUCAUUUGAGUACCUCUCUCAUCUCGUGUUCAUGAUUAGUUUUCAACUCAAUGCUCACAUCACAGUCUGGCACUCGACCAAUUUACUUUGAAAUUUUCGUAAAACAGUCUGACAACAUGGAAUAUUCAUACUCGUUUUAAUUUUGAAAUUUAUUCAACUUUUCUUUUAACACUAUCAAAUAUUCUAUCGUAAUCCAACGCAUGGCUCGUCAGAGUAACCAACCACAGAUCUUCAAUUUCCCCAAAGCGCUCACUAGACACUCGCAGC